UCUAUUUAUGCCUUGGAAGGAUUCCUCGAACGUAAUCCUUUUGACCUAGCAUUUGUCAAGCCGAACAACAUGCCGAUAAGUCCUCUACGACCCGCUUCUUAUCAACUUAUACAGGAAUCGAUUAUUGUACUUCUACUGAUACUUCUAUCUACUGUUCAAGCUACCGAACACAUUCUUCGACUACAGGGACCUUCUGUCGCUCCAGAUCCACCAGCAAACGCUAUACUCAUCUCAGUACCGGUUAAUUCGAGUAUUGUGUUGAAAUGUGAGAGAUCGUCCGGUUUACCACAAGCUCAAUGGCUACACAAUGGAAACGAUUUGGAUUUAGAAGUGAUACGAAUGCUGAACGAUGAAUAUACAUCUUUAGUGAUUGACCCUUACAGUACCAAAUCUCAUGAUGGCGUGUACGAAUGCUACGCGGGUUCUGCCUCUGCCUCACUUCGGCUGAGAGGUGAAGACAUAGUUGUAUUACCUUCUGGAUUCCGAUUUUGUCGUAAAAGUGAGAAUUCUGCAUGUGACCAUGCUAGGGCAUGCAUGGCUGAUGGCAUGGGAAGAACUAGCUGUGUGUGUUAUCCUGGAUGGAGUGGUGAGUCAUGCAAUAUUCCAAGAGAUAUCCAAAAAGCAAAUCUCAUCAAUGUACCAAUCUGUUCAUACUGGCCUCCAGUCAUUACUCUGAUGGUAUUUACGCUCUGUGUUUUCAUACUUGUAGUGUGCCUUUACAAUUUUCGGAUACGACCGGCCAAACAUUCAAAGACGUUGCACUGCCAAAAUUGCAAGUCACACACCUACAAUCUUGUCAAAACAAACGAUACGAAAGAACAACCAGAAAAAUUAGAUGUCUAAUCUCAAGAUACUUCGAAAUACGUGUGAAUCUACCCAAAGGUCCAGCAGAUUUCUGCAAAAUUGGUGCAGUGGAGAUUUUCUAUUUGCUUUGAAAGUUAUUGUGCUUCUCCUACUAGUUAUUUACUCCUAGUCAAACACGCUCAAGCGGGGUCUGCGAAUAAUUUUUGAGUCAGAAUCUGAACAGCUUGUUAGUAAUAUGAAAUCUCAAAAAUUCUGAGUUAUCACAUUUUUUUCUUUGUGAAAUUUUCAUGUAUUGUAUCAAAUCAUAUGGUUGAUACGUUAAAGGUGUAAGAGCUCGAUCUCGAAUACGUGUUGCUCUCAACAUGACUACUUGUAUAAUUGUAACUUUUAAUGUUUGCAUAAUAAAU